CAGAGCGAGUGGGUGGUGCAGGUGGUGCAGGUGGUGCAGGUGCCGCGUCCACCCAACAGGCGGGCGUCAGUGAUGCAGGUGCCAGGGAUUCCGUCAAUCAAAAUGAAACCGCCUGCAGCUCCCGCAGGUUUUCCCAGAGAUCACCACAACUGACGUCCCACACAUCAACCUGUCGACUCUCACAAACGAACACCUCGUCCUCUUCAAAAUUCAUCCUUUGGCCUGCUCCGAACUGCUUUCUUCCUCGAUUCAUCAAUCCUCCAUCUCAUCAAUCCCUCCCAUUGUCCCGAUCUUAUCCCUUACUCCUGUCCAUCCCCAAAAAGUCAGUUGACGUCCCUGUUCCUGGUACCGGCACCCUCAGUUUGCAAUCCUGAAUCAUUACUUCCGACUUCUUCCAUCCCACACCUUCCUGACAGAUGUCUGCUGAAGGCUACGGCCGAUCGUCUGAACUCCCUACACACACCGACAUGUCUACCGCCGACGAUUCUGCUCCUGCUCCUACCACCAAUGGGACCAGUGAGCCGACCUUGAAAGAUGCCUUUGUCAACAACGCGGCCUCGGCCGUCAACACCGUGACAGAACAUCCCAUCACCCAAAACAUCGUUAAUGGUCCCGUGGCAACCUCUGUUAAGGGCCAUGCUGCGUCCACCAAAUCUGAAUUCAGCGAUCUGGCCAGUUCUCGACAACCUCCUUCGUACACAGCUGCCAAUGACACCACUUUGACGCACUACCAUUCCUUUUUCUACACUUUGUUGAGCUGGAAGAACAAGCGAGCUACCGGCAUCACCUUUGCCUCCGUCGUUGCCUUUAUCUUUGCCUGUCGCUAUCUUCCUAUCAUUCGAUACGUGAUCAAGAUUACCUGGAUGACCCUUGGUGUGGUCACGCUGGCCGAAGCUUCGAGCAAGGCGUUGAUGGGCUCUAGUCUGGCCAGCUCGCUCCGACCACGACGGUACUACAAAAUUCCCAAAGAGACCCUUGAGGCUUCUCUCGACGACCUAGAGAACCUCAUCAACUUCUUCGUGAUUGAGAUUCAACGCAUUGUCUUUGCCGAGAAUGUCCCAGUGACUGCCGCCGCGUUCUUGACUGCGUUCUUGACCUACUACCUCAUCAAAAUUGUCCCAUUCUGGGGCAUGGCCUUGAUUGCCAGCUGUGUCGUCUUCCUGGGUCCCUUGAUCUACAUCGAGAACAAGGAAUUCAUCGACUCUCAACUUGAACACGCCGGAAAUGUCAUCGGUCAACAGACGACCCAGAUCCGCGACUUGACUGCUCAACACACCAGCAAGGGCCUCGACACAAUGAAGCAAUACACUGGCACAUACGCUGCCAAGGCCCAGGAGAUGGUCGGAAGUGCUCGUCAGAGGAUCCCUUCUCCUACCACCGGCAAAGCUCCAGUCAAGGAGGGUGAUUUCCCCUCGGCGCCCAAGACAGAUCUCCCAGAUACUUCCGGCGGUGUUCUGCACCGCGACGCCGAACCCAUCAGCUCCUAAAGGGUGGGCCGAUUGCAACAGCAUGACGGUAUUGCAUAAUGCUGCGAGCAAUUUUGUUUGGUUAGCAAAAUCAAAGUGCACACUGAAAGAUGACAACCUCAUGUCAAUGACAAGCGGAACGAGCGGACGAUGAGCACAAACAAAUAAUUCCCCCUAAGUUGACAAUUUGGUACGGUUAUGGAGGGCGAAUGUCGAUGGUCGUUGGCCUGACCUCCGGCGAUGCUCUUUGGGAGGGGCUGUAUGAGCAUAGCAGCCCAGCAUGGGGAAGCCAAGGAUGAUGAAACAAAGGUGACGGGCGUUUCAAGACUCUUUUGUACUGUAUGAUAGACUCCAAGUAUGAUUUGGACAAUCCCGAAUAGCAUGCGUAUUGAUCACGACUUCGUCAGUCUUGCCUCGACCAUGAAAACAGUAUCUACCUGAUGCGUAUAUAGACAUGGAUGUUUAGAUAGGAUAUAUAUACUCGGUACACUGCACGAUACUUGACUUCG